AAGAAUAGAGAAAGUCUGUAAAGCGUCAAAGUUUCUCUCUCUAGAGUUGAUCUUUCCACCUUUUAAGGCGUUUCACGCAAGAAGAAAUCCCUAAAAUCUAAAAGGUCAAGGUGUUUUGUCUCUCUUAUUUUCCAGGCACAUGAGUUUUGUUCCUGAGAAGUGAUUUUCCAUCUCUAGGUUUCCAGCGCCUUCUUGUAUUACUUUUUGAAUUCUUUAUCAUGGAAGAGGCUAAGGUGGUGGAGACCAAGGAUGGAACAUUUUCAGUGGCCUCUGGAUACCCUGGUCAUCAAGAAGCUGUUCAGGACAGGGACCACAAGUUUCUAUCAAAAGCAAUAGAAGAAGCAUAUAAUGGUGUGGAUUGUGGCCAUGGGGGGCCCUUUGGUGCAGUUGUUGUUCGUAAUGAUGAGAUCGUAGUUGGCUGCCAUAACAUGGUUUUGAAGAACACAGAUCCAACUGCACAUGCUGAAGUUACUGCUAUAAGAGAGGCAUGCAAGAAGCUUGGAAAGCUUGAGCUCUCAGACUGUGAGAUGUAUGCUUCUUGCGAGCCAUGCCCAAUGUGCUUUGGUGCUGUUCAUCUUUCACGAAUUAAGAGACUGGUGUAUGGCGCCCAGGCCGAAGCAGCUAUUGCAAUUGGUUUUGAUGAUUUUAUUGCAGAUGCAUUGAGGGGCACUGCAUUCUACCAAAAAGUACAUUUGGAGGUUAAGAGAGCUGAUGGUAAUGGUGCCAUCAUUGCUGAACAAGUAUUCGAGAAGACAAAGGCAAAGUUCCAAAUGUACUGAAUUGUCUUUUGGGGCUCACCAAGGAACUCUUCCAUUCAUAAAUUCCAAUAAUAUUUAAAACACUGGAAAUGCUUCUUCAAUUUCAUUUAAUAGGAUUGUUCCCUUGAAAAAUAAUUUCAUCACAACCUGUUUCCUUGAAAAAUAAUUUUUUUGGAAUGAUCUCUAACAGUUUCCGUCAUUAAAAUAGUUGUUUAUUUAA